AUGCUAUCGGUGGGCCCGAUAGCUUCAGGUGAACCGCCCGAAACAUUCCGUUAUCGACAAGUUGCCAUGGGUCAAGGCCAGCUUGAUUUGGCGCUACGUGAAAUUCGUGAAGCGGUGGAGGUCGGUGACUGGGUUUGUCUGAAAAAUCUCCAUCUGGUCACCUCUUGGCUGCCGAAACUCGAGAAGGAGGUGAAUAGCCUGUUGCUCGUAAACGCGGACAGGGCCGGAGACGAAACCGAUGCCGAGUCUGAUCUUAAUUUUGCCUCAACCUCAGGGACUUCGUUCAAGCGUGACGAAGUUAGGCCCAGCCAAGGCGCCAAACAACCCUCGGUUCACCCUUACUUCCGGCUCUGGUUGACUGCUGAGCCGCAUAUCAAUUUCCCGGUGGCUCUGACGCAAUCCUGCUUGAAGCUUGCUUAUGAGGCAAAUGCUUAUCCCUGA